UUUUUGUAAUUUUUUUUUGUACCAAAAUAAUGGAAGGCAAACCAUUGAAACGCAUGCGCUCCGAUGACGAUGAGAGUAACAAUAAUGCGACCCAGAGCAAGGUUUGGGUAAAUGACAAAAUCAACGAUUCGCGCGAUCCAGAGAAAAUGAAAGCGGUGCACGACAAAACGACCAAGAUGCUGUUCAAGGCCGCCGCCAAUAUGGAUGCCAAUAAUAAGGAGAGCGCCAGCGCCAGAGAGGAGGCGAGCAGUCAGCAGCAGCUGCAGGCGCCGGUUGCCGCCAGUUCGCACAAUUUGUGCGAACAAUAUCAGCUGAUUGGCGACGGUAAUAUCAUAUUGCGCGACAUGAAUCCGGAUGUCGCCAAUCCGGGCCUGGAGCGACGUCUAUCCACCUGCUGCCAGCGGCCGACUCUUAUACGCGGCACUUGCGUUAAUUGUACGUUCGAUUUGUGCGAGGAGUGCGGUUAUUCGUGCGUCGAGUGCAGCCAAUUUAUUUGCCGCACCUGUGUCACCCUGUUCGGCAAUCGUCCGGAGGAAGCUGAACAUCCAUUGUGCGAGGUCUGCCAAAUGUUUGUCGCCUAAAAAGGCUCAACACACCCACACACACGCACACACAACACCAACACAAGCAAGGCUUGCACUCGCGCACACACACAGACGCACACGAACGCUACCUGAUACAUGAAUUAUCAAAUAUUGAGCCAGAGAUAUAUAGAAUGGAAACAAGUACAAAACAUGGUAACCAGUAGAAAAGGACUCAUUAUCAUCAAAUAAUUUAUAUAUGUAUAUAUAUAUACGAACAACAUCUUUUGCCAAUGUCGCUAACCAUCAUAAAAGCUGUGCAGCUGCCUUGAAGCCAAAGAAACUUCCCAGGCACAGUUCGAGCUAAGAACACAUUUCACGCACACAAAACACAACACGCACGCUUAUUGAAACGCAAUCAUCAAACACGAACAACAAAUUUCCAAUCCAAAUUCAAUUCAAAUCAAAUCAUCAUUCAAAUCAAAUCAAAACCAAACCAAACAAAACAAAACAAAACAAAACUAAAUCCACAUCAAAUGGAAUCCAACGAUAAAGAACACACAUCGAAAUGUCUGAAUUCGUCUAAUUGCUAAAAUGGGGCGCACUGUGUCAAGCUCUUAAAUGCUCUUAAAUGGGCCGCACUGCACAACUCUUGAUUGCAAACAAACAACAACAAAAUGGGGCGCACUGCAACACACUGUAAAGCUCUCGCCGACUGCCUUAGGCUGUGUUGCCUGCUCGCAAGCUUAAAUCAUGGGCACAGUUCAAAAAGAGAGACUUUUACACACACACAAAAAAAACAAAA